CUGGCGGGAGGAGACCAGGGAGGGGAGCAGGGAGCGCAAGAUCAGAGAAUGCACCGAUAAUAUUGCUAGAAAUCAAACAAAAUGUCAAAGACGGCAACAAAAAGACCUGGUAUGAUUGCACGAGGAUUGACAUCCUUGUCUGGACGUCUGUUUGCACAAGUCCAUUUGUCGCAAGAGCAGCAGGAGGAGCUAGGAAAUGACGAAGAGCUGAUGAUAACAAACACGCAGAUUGCUUCUAGCCUGCCGCUUCAGAUGCUUCUUUACUUCAACGUCUUCUACUCAAUUUUCUGGGGCGCCCUCACCCUCGCCCUCAUGCUCUUCAAGGAAAAUUACUUGAUUGUGAAUCAGGCGUACAAAGUUCUCUCCCCUCUUGUCCUCUCCGUCUGGUUCCUCCUGGAGCCCGUCCGCCUCUACCUGGGCUUCGUUGGUAACCUCCAGGAGAAAGUCCCUCAGCUCACUGGCUUUUGGCUCCUCACGCUCAUCCCGCAGCUGCCCAUCGCCUUCUUCUUCGUCCUCUCGCUUCCCGUUCGAGUGAGCGGACUUCCUCUUCAGCUCUCCUUCGACUUGGCAGGCAGCAUCAUCCUGACGGUCUUCGUCUUCCUCGAGGUCAUCGUCGGCUUCUUUGCCUUGCGAUCCAUCGUGAGGAGUCAGGUGCUCAAGUUUCACAUGCAAGUUUCACGAUAAUUGGCAAGAAAUGUUAUUAACU